AGAGUCAAUGGAAUUAUUAUUAUUAUUCAACCCUUCUCUCUGUCUUCCUAGAAGGCUACCUUCCCCUCCAGCUCCAUCCGUAUAUCGGAACAGACCUUAGAUCUGUCCGAUUCUGUCUCCAAUGGCGGACAAAUUUAAGACCAGGAAACCGCUGGUUCCUAUUUCUACCUCCUGCCCUUUUGUCUGCUGGUAUAUCAUUUUUAUAUUCUUCUAUUUUCUCACCUUCUGCGUCGCCUCCUACCCUUCAUCAUCCGCCAUUAAUACUCCUCUUGCUCCUUCUCCUAAUGACGUACUCAAACCUCCAUUUCAGACCAGAGCUCGAAGAUUGAACUCCAGGACUGUCAUUGCUUUGAUCACUGUUUCGGGUUUUCUCCUCUUCUGUUUCUUUCUAUCUCUCAUGGGUUUCUCCUUGUUCAAGUUCCUGAAACUCAAGAAAUCCAAACGCAGCAGACCCACCAGUCAAGUUGUCGAUCAUGAGUCGAACAGGGAAGUUGCUGGGUCUGAUGUUGAUGGUGAUGGUGAUUUAUCUGUUAGGAAAUAUAGUUGGAGUGAGAUAGAAAGAGUGACCUUGAACUUCUCCAAGGUGAUUGGCUAUGGCGGAUUUAGCAAUGUCUAUCUAGGUCAAUUUUUUAGAGGUUCCAAACAAGGGGCAGUCAAGAUCCAUAUCGGCAGUGACAGACUCAACCAAGUUUUCAAGCAGGAAUUAGACAUUCUUCUUCGUCUCAGUCACGUUAACAUCGUCAAGCUUCUCGGCUACUGCGAUGAACGAGAAGAAGGAGCCCUGGUCUUCGAGUAUAUUCCUAACGGAAACUUGCAAGAGAAGCUCCAUGGAAGCUCGAGAAAUUACUCAGAGCUUCCGUGGCGGAACAGGAUGGCCAUAGCUUUCCAACUGACUAAAGCAAUCGAGUACCUCCAUGAAAAAUGUAGCCUCCAGAUUGUACACGGUGACAUCAAGGCUUCAAACAUCCUGCUCGACGAGAAUCUGAACUGCAAACUCUGCGAUUUCGGGUCUGCGAAAAUGGGGUUCUCGUCGAUGGUGCAACCUCCGUCGUCAUCCCCGUCGCCUGGGAGAGCAAAACAGGUGAUGAUGAUCGGGUCUCCGGGGUACACCGACCCGCAUUACUUAAAGUCCGGGAUUGCAUCGAAGAAGAAUGAUAUAUACAGCCUUGGAGUUAUCAUUUUGGAGUUGGUAACAGGGAAGGAAGCUUUUAAUCCUGAAAGAGAGGAGUCCUUGGCAAUGGCGGCGGCGCCCAUGUUGAGGGAGAUCGGCGAGGGUGGUGGAGACGUGGAGAAGAUAAAGGUUGCAGAAUAUAUAGAUCCAAGGUUGAUGGGAGAGUUUGACUUGGAAGAAGCAAAAACAAUGCUUUUCAUUUCUGGACUUUGUCUUCGUCAAUCUCCAACUCUCAGACCUUCUGCAACUCAAAUCUUGCAGAGCAUGAAGGAGAAAGUUUCAUCCAUCAAUUUUCUUUUUCCAGAACCGCAUAAAGGUUGAUUUUUUUUUCUUUUGUAAAGUUGAUGAGAUCUGUCUGGAUUUGCACAGGUCAAGAAUUUAUUCAUAUACAACUUAUACAGAUGUUUAUAAAUUAGUAUAAAUUUGUUUAUGGAAUUAUCGAUUUAGCUGUAAAGAAAGAAGAAAAAAGAAAAGGAAAAAUGUAAUUGCUUGAUUGCAUGCAGCACCUUUCCUAUUUGAGAACACAGAUAAUUAAUUUUUUAAGUAA